UUGAGGUAGUCAACGCUGUUCUGAUAGUUGUUCUCUCUGAAUAUGGUGAUCGAAAACUCAAACCAGUUGGAGAAAAUAGUCGAUUCUGCAUAUGAUAGAAAAGCUGAAGUGAAAGGGUUUGAUGAUUCAAAAGCUGGAGUUAAAGGUCUUGUAGAGCAUGGAGUUACAGAGAUCCCUCGCAUGUUCCAUUCUGUGAACUUGGAUAUUGAAAUCCCAGCCACUGAUUCAAACUUGAGAGUUCCCAUUAUAGAUCUCAAAGACAGAAACUCAACUCUGCAUGCAGAAGUGGUUGAGAAAAUUCGAAGGGCAUGCCAUGAGUGGGGAUUUUUCCAGGUGAUUAAUCAUGGAAUUCCUAUCAGUGUCUUGGAUGAGAUGAUUGAAGGAAUUCGUAGAUUUCAUGAACAAGACGCUGAGGUAAGAAAAGGGUUCUAUUCUAGAGAUGUGAAGAAAAAGGUUUUGUAUUAUUCCAACCUUAGCUUGUACAGUGGUCAAUCCGCUAAUUGGAGAGAUACUUUAGGUUUUGCUGUUGCUCCUGUUCCAGCUAAGCCUGAAGAACUACCAUCUGUAAGCAGGGAUAUUUUGAUUGAAUAUUCAAAGAAAAUAAGGGAUUUGGGUUUUACAAUCUUUGAAUUAUUGUCAGAGGCCUUGGGACUUGAUGCUUCUUACCUUAAAAAGUUGAACUGUGGUGAAGGGAUCUUUAUCUUGGGUCACUACUAUCCACAAUGCCCUGAACCUGAAUUAACUAUGGGCACUUCCAAACACACGGACGGUAACUUCAUGACUUUACUUCUACAAGAUCAACUUGGUGGUCUUCAAGUUCUUCAUCAGAAUCAAUGGAUCGAUGUUCCUCCUGUGCAUGGAGCUCUGGUUGUAAACAUGGGAGAUCUUCUGCAGCUUAUUACAAAUGACAGGUUUGUGAGUGUGUAUCACCGGGUCUUGUCAAAGAACACAGGUCCAAGAAUUUCUGUGGCAAGCUUCUUUGUAAAUUCAUCUGACCCAGUUGAGGGCACAUCAAAGGUGUAUGGUCCAAUUAAGGAACUGCUUUCAGAAGAAAACCCCCCUGUCUACAGAGACACUUCCAUAAAAGAUUACUUGGCACAUUAUUAUGCAAAGGGUCUUGAUGGGAACUCUUCCUUGGACCCCUUCAGGUUGUCCAUGAAAUAAGGAACUGAACUCUUAUUUAUGUGUAUCUUAUUGUAGUUUAUCUAAAUAAUUGUUGGAAAUUUAAGUGUUAACUAGAAUAUGAAUAAAGGAAUUAUUCAUGCUGAACUUUUCUAAAACUAACUUUGUAAUGUGUGUUGGAGGUGAAGAGCUUUUUAUUUAGCUAAUUGUUGAAGAGA